AUGGGUCUCAACUACUAUGCAUCGUCGCCCACGGUUGUGCUGCCGCCCCAGCAGUACAACUUCGAGCAGCGCCUCAACGCGCCGCGCUACUCUGCCCAUGCCUCCACCGCUUCGUCCACUUUGCCCGGACGCGCUCCAAAGUACCCUACGCCGCCGUCGCUCAACUACCAAGCCGCUCCCUCCAACGCCAUUGCGGGCCGCAAGCGCUCGCUGGACGACGCCGACGUCGAUGAAGCACCUGCAGACGGCUCGAAGAUCAUCGCGAAGCCGAAGCCUGAGCCCAUCAUGGGCCCUGGCAUGACUCUCAUAUACCCGGGCGAGCCCGGCUUCGCCAUCGCCGCCGAAUCCCAGACGGGCACCUGGGCCGAGAGCAAGAACGAGGUCUACGAAGCCAACAAGCCAAAGGAGAAGCCAAUCGCCGUGUCGCGCAAGUCUCAGCGUACCGCGAUCGUGGAUCGCGCCUCUGGCAGCCCUCCCGCUGUGGCCAAGCCCGCCGUCCCUUCGUCCACUACCAUGGGCGUGGAUUCAUCCUCCCUGGCAUACAAGGCCACCACCAUGCCCAUCGACGACUUCGGCCACACCAUCCAAGACCUGACCAUGGCUCUCGGAAUUGGCUGGAAGGAGAUCGUGUUCAAUCCGGAAAAGAAGGAUGGCGCGCGCGGCUGGGCCAAGUUCAUCAGCAGGCACUACCCUCUGUCAUGCCCGCAGGUCCUCCACGAGAGCGAAGCUCACGAUGCCUUCCUCGUGCACGCGCGCGACGUCUCCGAUGACAAGGAGAAGUUCUUCAUGUUCAGCCAGGACCUGCGCACCUGCAGAUUGGUGAGCACAACGCUCGAAGGCGUCGUUCGCAACCUCACCCAACAUCCAAUCGCCUACGAGAGCGAUGUGGUCAAUGCGCGCGACGCUUCCCCAGUCGCGAUGCCGGCAAGUAACGACACCGACAUGAGCAUCGACGCGCCUACGCUCCAGACGGCCCACAUGCAAACGGCCGACACCGCCAUGGAGAUGUAA